UCUGUGUCCUACAUACAUAACACUGGCCACUGCAACAGUUUGUUUGUGCCACAAUAGCUGACAGUGGAAACCUGUGUUUGGAUAUGUUUGCACUUAUGAUUUUGCAAGAUGUUAUUCUCUGACUGGGUAUUCCAUGGAUUUGAAGAUGUGAAAUGAGUCACAUCACUGGAGUUUUGAAUUCUGCCACCCCAUGGUCUUCUGGGGAGAGAACUGGACUCCACCAAAUUUUAUUUAUGCACCUUAUUUCAACCUAGCCAAAAGCAACACUGCUGCUGGAGAAAAAUGUAUUGUACCAGAAGGAAGCGACUGCAGCUGAGCCGAGUUCUUUUUCUCCUCUCUGGGGUUUUCCUCUGUACCCUCUACCAGCUGACCAUCAGCACUAGACUGUACGAGCCUUUGGCAAUGCCUCAAAUUGCACAGGAUAGUGGGGAAGGUUCAGCAGAGGGGGUUGAGGAGAUUGCAGAUCUGGGAAAGGCUCUAACUACAGCAUAUGAUUUAGAGCAAACUGAGCAAAGAAACACAACGUAUGAUGUCCAUAAUGCAACUACAACUUCAGUAUCCACAACAUCUACCACUACUGAAUCGCCAUUAUUCCCAACAACAAAUCGGACUCUUGUGCAUUGCAUCUAUGUGGCACCUGAACUUCCGGAGACACCCACGCCAGCUCCUCCUACAACUACCGUCCCACCAGCCUUUCCGGGUGAAGCGCCACAUAUGAAGGGUGAUUACCCAGAGGACAUUUUUUCAAUCGAAGAUCGCAGACGUGGCUGGGUGACCCUUCACAUUAUUGGGAUGAUGUACAUGUUUGUGUCACUUGCAAUUGUGUGUGAUGAGUUUUUUGUUCCUGCUCUCGGGGUAAUCACAAACAAGUUGGCAAUCUCUGAUGAUGUGGCUGGCGCCACCUUCAUGGCCGCCGGAGGUUCUGCCCCUGAGCUUUUUACCUCUUUGAUAGGAGUCUUCAUUGCCCACAGCAACGUGGGUAUUGGCACAAUUGUGGGCUCAGCAGUUUUCAACAUUUUGUUUGUGAUUGGAAUGUGUGCUUUGUUUUCUCGGGAGAUUCUCCAUCUGACCUGGUGGCCUCUAUUCAGAGAUGUGUCAUUCUACAUACUUGGCCUCAUCUUUCUAAUUAUCUUCUUCCUGGAUAAUGUCAUAAUGUGGUGGGAGAGCAUGAUGCUGGUGGCUUGUUACACUGUCUAUGUCAUUUUCAUGAAGUUUAAUGUGCAAAUAGAGCGUGCAUUCAAGACCCAACUCCACAAACACAAGAGCAUUGUCAAAGUUAUUGCUGUAGAGGAACCUGACAAGACUAAUGGAAACGGUGAGGAUAAUGCCCCUCCUGCUCCAGAGGACAAGAAUCGUUUAAAGUUGAAGCCAUCCCUUCAGCGAGGUGGGAGUUCUGCUUCUUUACACAACAGCACAAUGAGAAACACCAUCUUCCAACUCAUGAUUCAUACAUUAGACCCUAUAGGUAAUGGGAAAUUUAAGGAGAAAGCUGAAACUCUGAACAGCGUGGCAAGAAAGAAAUCAGACGCCAAAGACAAAAGUGAAGAUGGUGGGGAAAAAACUGAGCAGAGCAAAGAGUCAGAACCAACCCCAGCUGCAGAAGAAGAAAAGAAGGAGCAGCCAGAGGACAAGAAGGAAGAUGUACCAGCAAAAGAUGAUGGGUCAGGAGAGUCAGACGACUCUGAGAGCGACGAAGAGGACAGCGAUGAUGAAAGUGACGAGUCCAGUGAAGAUGAGGAUGAUGAUGAGGAUAAAGACGAAGAAGAAGAUGAAAAAGACGAUGAACCUCUGUCUUUAGAAUGGCCCGAUACACGUCGAAAGCAAGCAACCUACCUCUUCCUGUUGCCCAUAGUUUUCCCUCUGUGGCUUACCGUCCCAGAUGUUCGCAACCCGAAAUCCAGAAAAUUCUUUGUUGUCACCUUCCUGGGCUCUAUUCUAUGGAUUGCUAUCUUCUCGUACCUCAUGGUGUGGUGGGCCCAUCAGGUGGGUGAGACUAUUGGCAUCUCAGAGGAAAUUAUGGGCCUGACUAUGCUGGCUGCGGGGACCUCCAUCCCUGACCUCAUUACCAGUGUGAUUGUGGCUCGUAAAGGCCUGGGAGACAUGGCUGUGUCUAGCUCUGUGGGCAGUAACAUCUUUGACAUCACUGUGGGUCUCCCAGUCCCUUGGCUCCUGUACUCAGCCAUCCAUAGUUUUGGUCCAGUGGCUGUCAGCAGCAAUGGGCUCUUUUGUGCCAUUGUGCUGCUCUUCCUCAUGCUCCUCUUUGUCAUCAUCUCCAUUGCUUCCUGUAACUGGAAGAUGAAUAAGGUGCUGGGUUUCACCAUGUUCCUCCUCUACUUUAUCUUCUUGGUGCUCAGUGUUAUGUUGGAAGAUCGUAUCAUCAUCUGCCCAGUUUCCAUCUAAUUCUUUCUGCUGAACUGUUAACCUUUUUGGGAAAGGAUCUCACGAGCAUAGACCUGGAUAUCUAUAGGAAACAUUCAGAAAGCUACGUGCUCUGCAUUGUUACCAGUGAAGUGUCUGGUAUGUCAGCAGCAAUAAAGCGUUUUCUAGAACCCGAUACUCACUUAUAGAAAUGAUGGCAGCUUUUAAAUUGAUUUUCAUAGUACACGGGGAGAUGCAUGACUACUGUCUAAUACAGUGUAGAUUUUGCGGUGUAAGACCUAACAGAGAUGUUAAUGGGUUUUUUAUGCACUGUCUAUGAAAUGCAAGUAAAAGUGUUAGUUUGUGGACACAUCUUGAAAAACGUAGGCUACUAAAUGUGUAUUUUGUAUCAUCAUAAGUAAAUGAUUUUGUAAGAAUCAUGAUAGGGACCCUGAGCUUGCUUGAACUUUUUUUUUCAAAAAUCAU